UUCUGUUUUUAGAACGGUUACGUUGAGUGCGAGCAGGAAUGCCCGAGCCAAGAAGGCUGCCAUAUGCUUUUAGGUCCUCCAUCAGGCGAGUGUUGCAAGAAGUGCAAAGGAUGCACUCACGAGGGUAUAGAACGGCAGAGCGGAGAAGAGUGGAGGGACCCGGACGAGCCUUGCAGGCUGUACGUCUGCCAGGCCGGGGUGGUCACCGAGACCGUGGAGCAAUGCUACGCCCCCUGCCACAGCCCCCUCAAGCCUGCCGAGGGCACCUGCUGUCCAACAUGUCCAGGUAAAAUAGGUUGUAAGGUGAACGGCCAGGAGGUGAGCUCGGGAAGGACAGUGCGGAGCUUGGACGACCCUUGCCUCAAGUGCAGCUGCAGCGAGGGGAGGUUCUACUGCUCCAAGAGGGCUUGCCCUGUCCUCAACUGCGCCAACAAGGCUGUCAUGCCACCCAGGCCAGGAGAAUGCUGUCCCUAUUGUAACGGUACCCGAGAGCUGUAUCCUCCACCACAAGGAAGGUGUCUCCUAGGCGCUGACCUGAGGCUGUCAGGAGAAGACUUCCACCAGGACCCCUGCACCCUCUGCAAGUGUGACAACGGAACCUCCAUCUGCAAGAGACCUUCCUGCGCUCCCUUGGAUUGCCCUCCAGAAAUGCAAGAACUACAAAAGGGACACUGCUGUCCGCGCUGCCCUCAGCGGCCGCCGUUCCCUGUUGCCCCAACGGUCUGCCACGAUGGUGGAAAGGUUUAUAAGGAUGGAGAGAGUUGGGAAGUGGAUCAGUGUAAGUCAUGUUCCUGCAAAAGUGGUCAAGUAAAGUGUGUAGCAGAGCUGUGCAAUGAAAGUAACAAACCAUGUCCCCCAAAUCACAAGUUAGUCACCGUUCCCGGCCAGUGCUGUUCUAAAUGUGUAGAAAGUGAUGGAGUUUGCACAGUGUUUGGUGAUCCUCAUUACCGUACAUUUGAUGGGAAGUUUUUUAGUUUUCAAGGAUCUUGCAAAUAUCAACUAGCUGCUGAUUGUGCAAAUCACACGUUUUCAAUUAGAGUUACUAAUGAUGCUAGAGGAACUAGAACAUCUUCUUGGACUAAAACAGUCUCAAUGAAGAUGAAAGACAUGAAAGUUAAUCUUGGUGAGAAAAGAAGAGUAAAAAUAAAUGGGGAAAGAGUGAAAGUUCCUUAUGAAUCAACUAGUGUUACUGUCACCAAUACGGACGGAUGGGUUUUGGUUGAGACUAAACUUGGCAUAAAAUUAUCAUGGGAUGGUGACAGCUUUUUGGAACUUUCAGUGCCACCAAAAUAUAAGGGUCUGUUGUGUGGUCUGUGCGGAAACUUCAAUUCUAUAUCAAGAGAUGACAUGCAAACCCGAAGAGGACUAUAUGCUACUGAUGCUGAUACUCUUGGUGCUUCUUGGAGAGUGGGUGGCAAAAGAGCUUGCUCUCGUGCUCAUGAAGCACCUCCAACUUGUGCCAAAACAAGGAGAUCUAAAGAAAAAGAGCGCCUUUGCAAGCUUCUUCGAUCUAACAUAUUUGGAGAAUGUCGUAACCAUUUAAAUUCGCUGCCCUAUUAUAAGUCUUGCAUUAAAGAUAUGUGCGAAUGUCCAGCUAAACAACGGUGUUACUGCGAAUCUUUCACAGCUUAUGCCAGGGAGUGCCACAGGUUAGGAGUUAAGCUUGACUGGCGCAAGCACACUGGCUGCCUAAACCACCAUUAG